UGAUGAGCCAGUCGGUAGAAGAUAGUUGCUUGCUCAUGCCCUACCACUGUCACCUUAUAGUGGUCUGAAGAGAAUGAACGAGACAACACGGAACCGAGUUUAAGUGUUGACUAAUCAGCUGAGACACAGGAUGUUUGACCAGGCCAAUGUUGAUGGACUGCGGCCAGCCCCGCAGCCCAGGAGUGAACAAUCGGCCAAAGAUAGUGACCAUGAUGCGAGGAGUCAAUGAACUUGAACCUGCCACGGGGAAAGGACAAGUUGUGGAAACCUCCAGAGUCUCCGCAAGAUACACAUGAUGCACGCAAGCAAAACAAAGGGGAAGAGCCAACGAGAUCGAACCCAAUUGGACAAAUGUUACAAGACUGUAUCCACAGGGCCCCUGGCAGUGCGCCCAGGUUCGCACAAACUGUAAAUUUGACGGGUGGAGGGCACGUGCUGUCCCUGUCGUCCACUUCGCGCUUUGAAAUCCAAACAGCCCCCCCACCUAACAAUACCUCUUCAGAAACAAUCACCACUAUGAGGAGAAGGAGGAUCCAGCCGCGGGGACCGACUGGCCAGUCACCACCCAUGUGGUGUAUCCCUGGACACACUGGCGCCACUGUGGUCCAAAUACUUCGGUUCCUGCGCAAGUGUGUUUCGACGGACCCUCACUUCAUCGAAAUGACGAACCAAUUUGGCAACAUGAUUUUUGAGGCGGUCCCAGAAAAGUGUAGGGCUCAAGAGGCUCAUGUCCUUUAUUAGAGUUACGGUCCUGCCAGUGCCUGCCGACCCCUCAGACCGAGGGUGGUAAGGGAGAGCAU